AUGCUGUCGGUAUCCACGCUGCUCAACCUGUCGCACUACGUGCUGAGCUCGGGGAUCUUGCUUGUGUCGUCGAUAUCGGUGCUGUCGUUGGCGGCGUUGUACGUGUUCCAGCGCAAGCUGGUGUACCCGUCGACACUGAACAACGCAAGGAAGGUGGUGGACACGCCGGCGAAGUACCAGCUGGCGUACGAGGCGGUGACGAUCGAGACGGACGACGGGGAGCAGUUGCAGGCGUUUCUGCUGCUGCACGAGCGCAAGGACCCGGCGUACACGAACAAGACGAUCUUGGUGUUGUCGCCCAACGCAGGGAACAUCGGGCUGUUUCUGCCCGUGGUACACCACAUCUACGAGAACAUGAGGUACAACGUGUUGAUCUACUCGUACCGCGGGUACGGGCAUUCGACGGGGACGCCGUCCGAGGACGGGUUGAAGCGGGACGCGGACGCGGUGAUGCGGUACAUCACGUCGAACAACCAGUUGUCGCAGAGCUCGGUGAUCCCCUACGGCCGGUCGCUAGGCGGGGCGGUGGCCAUCUACAUUGCGGCCCGGUACGGCCACCAGAUCGCCGGGCUGAUUCUCGAAAACACGUUUCUGAGCAUCCCCAAGGUGGUGCCGCACGUGUUCCCCGUGCUCUCGCCCGUGAGCUGGUUGUGCACAGAGGUGUGGAACAGCGAGGAGGACAUCAAGUUGGUGAGCCCGCAGAUCCCCUGCUUGUUCCUCUCGGGCAGCGAGGACGAGAUCGUGCCGCCGGAGCACAUGAAGGUGUUGUACGACACCGUGAGCGACUCGAUCGACUCCCAGCGCAGCGUGGUCAAGAUCUGGCGGGAGUUCAAGGCGAACCACAACAACACCAUCGUCGCCCCGGGCUACUGGGACACGUGGGAGCAGUUUGCCCGGGAGAUGGUGGUGCCCAUCGGCAAGUAG